CGGAUAGAUCAUCCUGUAUAUUUAAAUAUACUUUGUUUCACAGGUGCUUCGCGGCCCACGAUUGGUCCGCUGCAAUUGUGUGGCGCAAAGGUGGUGACUUCUGUGACUUUCGAGCGCUGGUGCCCAGGAACAUGCUGUCCACGGCCAAGUUGACCCGCGCCGUCGCGCAAAAGCUCAAGUCGCAAGUGCGCUUGUUUCAAUCGUCCGCGGUGUUGAACAACGUCCAAGGAGAAGCGCCUCCUCUUACCCGUGUGUAUGGAGGUUUGAAGGACGAAGAUCGUAUCUUCACCAACUUGUACGGUGAACAAACCUGGCGUGUGGAUGGUGCGUUGCGCCGCGGCGACUGGCAUCGCACCAAGGACUUGCUGUGCAUGGGUCCUGAAUGGAUCAUCCAGGAAAUCAAGGACUCUGGCCUACGUGGCCGUGGCGGGGCCGGGUUUCCCUCUGGUCUCAAGUGGUCGUUCAUGCCCAAGCAAACCGAUGGUCGUCCGUCGUUCUUGGUCGUGAACGCCGAUGAAUCUGAACCGGGCACGUGCAAGGAUCGCGAAAUCAUGCGCAAGGAUCCGCACAAGUUGGUGGAAGGGUGCUUGAUCGCCGGGUUCGCCAUGCGUGCGCGCGCCGCGUACAUUUACAUUCGCGGCGAAUUCUUCAACGAAGCCAUCAUCUUGCAAGAAGCCAUUCAUGAAGCGUACCAAAAGGGUUUCCUCGGCAAGAACGCGUGCAACUCAGGCUACGACUUUGACGUGUACCUCCAUCGCGGCGCUGGCGCGUACAUUUGCGGCGAAGAAACCGGCUUGUUGGAAAGCUUGGAAGGCCGCCAGGGCAAGCCUCGCCUGAAGCCGCCCUUCCCGGCCAACACGGGGCUGUACGGGUGCCCGACGACCGUGACGAAUGUGGAAACAGUUGCGGUCGCGCCGACGAUUCUCCGCCGCGGGGGCUCGUGGUUUGCCGGUCUUGGCCGCAAAAACAACGCCGGCACCAAGUUGUUUUGUAUUUCGGGGCAUGUCAACAACCCGUGCACGGUCGAAGAAGAGAUGAGCAUCCCCCUUCGCGACCUGAUCGAAAAGCACUGCGGUGGCGUGCGCGGCGGCUGGAGCAACCUCCAGGCGUGCAUCCCCGGCGGGUCCUCGGUGCCCGUGAUGGACGAAGCCACGUGCCAGAACAUCCACAUGGAUUUUGACGACUUGAAGAACACGGGCGGGUCCGGCUUGGGCACGGCCGCGGUCACGAUCUUUGACAAGUCGGUCGAUAUGGUCGGCGCCAUCCGUCGGCUGUCGCACUUCUACACGCAUGAAAGCUGCGGCCAAUGUACCCCUUGCCGCGAAGGAACGGGGUGGAUGGAGAGCAUCUUGACGCGCAUGGAGACGGGCAAUGCCGAGUUGGAAGAGAUCCCCAUGUUGGAGGAAAUCUCGCGGCAGAUUGAAGGCCAUACGAUUUGCGCGCUCGGGGACGCCGCCGCGUGGCCUGUCCAGGGGUUGAUCAAACGUUUCAAGCACAAGCUGGUCGAACGCAUUGAAAACCCCGCUAGUUUCAACAAGGCCGACUACUUCCAAAAGGCUUGGCCCGGUGCCAAGUUCCAAAACCAGGACUGGGUCAACAAGUACGCUGACGGAUCGGCCUACGCCAAGCAUUAACGACUUGAGAUGGAUGAUACAUAUCCGAACAUGAUCUUGCCCGAUAAUGCAUAAUACAACACGGCAAUGUGGAUGAUGAUGGUGA